UCCAAUCACAGCUUAUCACAUGUAAACAGGGAAAUGGGACAUGUACACAGAUCAUCGGGGCACUGUGAUCAGUGUGCUCUGAUGAUCAGUGUAGCCCCAGCAGCGCCACCUGUCAGUGUCCAUCAGUGCCUCGUGCCAGUGCCCAUCAGUGCCACAUCAAUGCCAAAUAUCAGUGCCUACCAGUGCCCAUCAAUGCCACAUAACAGUGCCCAUCUGAGCUGCCUUUCAGUGUCACCCAUCAGUGCCAAUCAGUGCCGCCAGUCAGUGCCGCCUAACAGUGCAAGUCAGUGCCGCCUAACAGUGCUGCCUAUCAGUGCCAUAUAUCAGUGCUGCCUUUCAGUG